UUGUUGUUAUUUUUGCGGAAUGACGUAGUCGUCCUGUUAGCAGUUUUGAAGUUUGGAGUUUCUUCAGGCAACUAGCUUCUAAGCAGCCCCAGGCUUUUCUGCCCUGGAAGACUUUUAUUCGCCAUGUGUUCAUAAACUUCCGCUGUUAGAAUGCUGUCUGCUGCCUGUCUCCUGUUGGGCUUUGCCCCCCUUCUGGUGCAAGGUGUCCCUCCUAUUUGGACCCAGCCAGAGCAGGUUCACCUGUCUUAUGCAGGAGUACCAGGCUCUAUGGUGGUAACCUGGACCACCUAUAAUAAAACAAAGAGCACGGUGGAGUAUGGCCUUCUGGGCGGUCGCAUGUUCGAGCAGACUGCUGAAGGCAGUGCUACUCUGUUUGUGGACUCUGGAAAGGAGAAGAGGAAGAUGUUCAUCCAUCGCGUCACCAUCACAGGCCUCAAACCUGCUGCUACUUACGUCUACCACUGUGGCAGCGAUGAAGGCUGGAGUGACGUGUUCUCCUUCACUGCUCUGAAUGACAGCUCCAGUUUUAGUCCCAGAUUCGCUCUCUAUGGGGAUCUGGGCAACGAGAACCCUCAGUCUCUCGCUCGACUGCAGAAGGACACUCAGAUUGGCAUGUAUGACGUCAUCCUGCAUAUAGGGGACUUUGCCUAUGAUAUGCAUGAGGACAAUGCCAGGAUUGGAGAUGAGUUCAUGAGGCAGAUCCAGUCCAUUGCAGCAUAUGUGCCUUACAUGACCUGUCCAGGGAACCACGAAUCUGCAUACAACUUCUCAAACUACAGGAAUCGCUUCAGCAUGCCGGGCCAAACCGAGAGUCUAUGGUACAGCUGGGACCUGGGGUCAGCGCACAUAAUCUCCAUCUCCACUGAGGUUUACUUCUACCUUGAAUUUGGCCUGGAGCUCCUUUUCAAGCAAUAUGAGUGGCUGAAGAAAGACCUGGAGGAAGCCAACCGGCCAGAGAACAGGGCAGUGCGCCCUUGGAUCAUCACCAUGGGACAUCGACCCAUGUACUGCUCUGAUGACGAUCAGGACGACUGCACCAAGUUCCAUUCCUUUGUCAGACUGGGCCGGAAUGACACCAAACCGCCAGCUCCUGGCCUGGAGGAUUUGUUUUACCGCUACGGAGUGGAUUUGGAGUUGUGGGCACAUGAACACACAUACGAACGACUCUGGCCCGUCUAUGGUGACAAGGUGUACAAUGGAAGUGCAGACCAACCUUAUGUGAACCCCAAGGCUCCAGUACACAUUAUCACAGGCUCUGCUGGCUGCAGGGAAAGGACCGACAGGUUCCAACCAAACCCCAAAGCAUGGAGCGCCUUCCGCAGCACAGACUACGGCUACAGCCGCAUGCAAAUCCUCAACUCUACCCACAUUUACUUGGAGCAGGUAUCAGAUGACCAGCAUGGCAAAGUGAUUGACAGCAUAUGGGUAGUAAAGGAAAAACAUGGCUUCUCUGCUUGGCUGUGAGGAUCAAAAAUUGAAUGUAAUUUAAAUUUCCUGAAAAUAUAUGAAAGUGUUUUAUUGCUUUUAACUGAAAACCAUUUUUGUUUGAUGCUGAUUUCUUGUGAAUGGAUUUAUAAUGUAAAUGUGCUAUUUCCUGGCUGGUUUAAACCACACUAGUAUGUAUAAACAGAUUUUUGUGAUCCAUCA